GCCGGUUACGUGAUAGUCACGCCGUGGCUGCCUCGUUAGAGUCCCUCCUGGCCCUUUAAAUACCGCGUGGGGUGCGGGGGACUCGGAGGCUGGGGGUGGUUGGACUCCUGAGUUUUCCAAGUGCUUGUGCCACGCUGGGUGAGGGGGCACCCAGAGACCCUCGACCCGGGUUCACUCAGUCGCCUUCUCCUCCGCCUGUCUCCGCGCGCGGCCGGUACCAUCUCUUUACCCCACACUCAAGUAACACAAAAUGCCCUUCAAUGACGAGAAGCAGUGUGUGGGUGAGGACCAGCCAAGCGACUCAGAUUCUUCCCGGUUUUCCGAAAGCAUGGCCUCGCUCAGUGACUACGAGUGCUCCAGGCAGAGCUUCACCAGCGACUCCUCCAGCAAAUCCAGCUCUCCUGCAUCAGCAAGCCCUCCCAGGGUUGUAACAUUUGAUGAAGUGAUGGGCACAGCAAGGAACUUAGAAAACCUGACUCUUGUUCAUGAAAUUGCUGUCAAUGAGAACUUUCAAUUGAAAAAAGAUGCCCUCCCUGAGAACAGCUUGGCCAGCCGAGUGAAGCGCAUUGUCCACCAGGCCUACUGGGACGUCUUGGAAUCAGAACUAAAUGCUGAGCCUCCCGAGUAUGACCAUGCCAUCAAACUGUUUGAAGAAAUCAGAGAGAUUCUUCUCUCUUUUCUGAUUCCUGGUAGUGGAAACCGGCUUCGCAACCAGAUCUGUGAAGUUUUGGACACAGACCUCAUUAGGCAGCAGGCUGAGCACGGCGCUGUUGACAUCCAAGGCCUGGCCAACUAUAUCAUCAGUACAAUGGGAAAGCUGUGUGCUCCCGUGAGAGAUGAUGAUAUCAGAAAGUUAAAGGCUACUGGCAACAUUGUGGAGGUGCUGAGACAAAUAUUUCAUGUUCUGGACCUCAUGAAUAUGGACAUGGCCAAUUUUCUAAUUAGGAGUUUUAGACCACAUUUUCAGCGGCAGUUGGUGGAUUAUGAGAGAACCAAGUUCCAGGAAAUUUUGGAAGAAACUCCAAGUGCUCUUGAUAAAACUACAAAAUGGAUAAAAGAAUCUGUAAAUGAAGAAUUACUUUCUGCUUCCGAGACCGCUCUAACUCCUGGGGCUGAAACCAGCUCCAAGCCAAGCCUGAGCCCUACCCUGGUGCUAAAUAACAGUUAUUUGAAACUGUUGCAGUGGGAUUAUCAGAAAAAAGAAUUUCCAGAGACGCUGAUAACAGAUGAAGCACGUCUCCAGGAACUGACAGAAAAGCUGAAUCAAUUGAAAAUUAUCGCCUGCCUGUCCCUCAUUACCAACAAUAUGUUGGGUGCUAUUAUCGAAGGCCUACCUGAGCUUGCAGACAGGCUGAAGAGGAUUUCGGCUGUUCUACUCGAAGGCAUGAGCAAAGAGACCUUUAACUUGAAGGAAGUCCUGAAUUCUGUCGGUGUUCAGACUUGUGCUGAGGUUAACAAGACCCUGGUGGAGAGAAGCUUACCCACUUUAAAUGCUGAGGUUCAAGCUAAUCUCGUAGGUCAAUUUUCAGGCAUCGAAAAGGAGGACAAUCCUAUUCGGUCUUUGAUUGAUAAACGAAUCCAGCUAUACUUGAAGAGCCUACUUGGUCUUCCAAGCCCUCAAAAAUGCAUGCCUCCCAUGCCUGGAGGCCUUGCUGUCAUUCAGCCGGAGCUGGAAGCGCUAGGUUGUCAAUAUGCUAACAUUGUGAAUCUCAACAAACAAGUAUAUGGACCAUUUUAUGCAAAUAUACUUCGAAAGCUGCUCUUCGGUGAGGAAGCCACGGGGAAGACAGAUGCUUCAUCUUCUGCUAACUAAAGAGGAACUGACAUUGGAUAAGAGAUUGGAAAUCCAAACUUCGGUAUGGAGUCUGUUUUCAUCGAUGGCAUUAUAGAUGCGGCACAUUCUCAGCCCUGUCCGUGGUGCAGUGUUAGCCGGAAUCUGUGUAACCCAGUAAUGUUAGAAUUGCAGAAGACACGCACAUUUGCAUAUAGGCCCUGUUCGUGUAUCAUUUUCAAGUUCAAAGGAGAUGUUUUUCAUGAACAGGAAGCAAUUUGUAAUUAAUUGUAUUACCCAUAUAAUACUUGUAAAUGUUUUCUUAAGCAUUUAUAUCUGGCUUAUCCAUUCAACCCUUAAGGAGUUGUAUUUCCUCACUUGUCACUAUCAAAUCUAAUGAAUUUUAAUUUUGGUACAACUUAAAGGUUUGAAAGUUGUGGGAAUAACCAAGGGCAUUGAUGUUGUGAAUACAUGGUGUGAAGUAAGCAUAAUUGUAUUUGAAAUGUACAAUGAAAAAAAAAUAAAUCAAGAAAGACAUGUACUAUGAAAUUUUAUUAAUGUGUAAUAGAAACUUACAUAGUAAGUCCUAAAGUUCCUCAAAUGUGCCAGUUCACAUUUUAUAAAACCAAUUGUCAGUAUUUGUGUAGAAUUUAAAUUUAUUAAAUAUAUUUUAAAGCUAUAUGCAAAUUUUAGAUAAAACCUCCCAUGUUCAUUUAGUGAAAAUAGAAGCAAAGCCCUUCUAAAGUUGUAUUCCGGGGGUUAGUUUAUAUUCUUGCAAUUUAUCCUGCUCUCUGAGAGAAACAAUUUUUGCACAAAUCUCUUAGUGAAUGUCUUUGCAUUUCUCAGGCUAUUGGUAAGGUUUAUAUAAGAUUUUAAUAUUUUUACAUAAGGCUGUAAUGGUUUGAAUUGGUUUACUUGAAAAAAGAAGAGAAGUUUAACAAUAAAAUGAGAUCCAGGAGAGAUCCCCAUUCUCAGUGAAGUUCACGAAAAAGUAGUAGUUGAACUUUGGAUGUUUUAACCACUUAACUCGUUAGCAAAUGCCUCCUGUGCUGAUUAGAUUCUUACCCUGCUAAGACCUAGGUGCUCUUCUAAGUAUUGUUAUCAUUUGACAUCCGUGAGCAUGAAAUCUAACUUUGCCAAGCCUGCUCUGGUUGUCAUUAGAGAAAUCGGCUUGUCCUGGAAUUACAUACUUCUUUAGAAGUGUUAAGGGAAGCAUUACCAUUUAGGCAGCCUCAGUCCAGCAAGUGCUUUAUUUGCAUAAGACAGUUUUAUUGUCUUGCUUUCCAAGGACCCACUGAACCUUAGUAGGUUGGUGGGGCAGAGCGGCCCCCUUUGCCUCGCCACAACCCCCCACCACGAUGGCCCUACUCCUUUAUUUGAUAAGUUCUAGGAAAUGACUGUGUGAAGAAAUUACCUCCAAUCUUCACAGCUGGGAGGCAUCUGCCAAAAUGUGAGGAAAUUUUGAAAGUCAGUUGCUUUUCUCACAGUGACCAACACGUAAGUCAGCCGGUCUGUCCAGGCAGGAGGUAUGUCUGAGUGGAAGUCUCCCGAAGAGCGCAGCGCUGGCCUUACAGGCCCCCUGUGUUUCCAUCCUGCCCAGCUUGUCUGUGCUCAGAAACCAGAAGGUGCUGGAGAUGUUUGUUUUCAUUCUCUCUUAAAUUGAAGUGGUUUUCAACCGUGUUCACUGUGGGGCGUGGGCGCAGAGGAGGUCUAACGUAGCAAAGUCAUGUAUUGUGCGAUUUGCUGUUGCUUUCCGAGGCGAAGCGUGUGCUUAACAGGAGCGCCGGGUGCACUUCUGAACGAUCAGAGUGCAACCCAGCUGGCGCUCUUACAUACUUGAUUAUACGGCAGUUGCCGGCAGGAAAGCAAUGUGCAAAUAUGUUUUAAAAUGCAUUUUAAAUGAAGGGCAUUCUGCUUUUUUUUUUUUUUUUUUUAAGUGGCAAAGUAAAUCUCAAUGUCUCAAGUCUGGAUUUAGGCAACUACAUUUAUUAGGAUUUUUACAUCAUAUCCUUUAGCAUGUUGUUUAUUUGGUUUUUACCUAAAUGUUUACUUCUUCUUUUAAGGUUUUCUUAACAUGGUCUUGUUUUGUAAUGUCAGUUUUAUUAAACACCAUACACACACUUUCAUUUUACUGCUAAAACCUGUAUUGUGUGCACUGUUGAAUUUCAAACAUUAAAUGUUAUUUCAACAUA